AUGAAAGUUAAAAGGUGGGAUGAACAAGCUCGGAAGAAAGCAGAUAUUCUUGCACGUGGAGUUCGAGAACAUGUGAGCCUAAGUCCCAAGAUUACAAAAACAGUGAAAGGAAAAUUGAGAAUGGGGGCGAGAGUUCUUCAACUUGGAGGAAUGGAUAAGGUGUUCAUGGACUUAUUUAAUGUCGGAGUUGGCGAAAGGCUAAUGAAGACCUUCCAAUGCUAUCUGUCAACUUCAGUUGGUCCUAUAGGAGGUCUCCUCUUUAUCUCCACCGAGAGAGUGGCCUUUUGCAGUGAGAGAUGUAUAAAACUGGUUUCUCCGGAUGGAGAAACAACCAAAGUCCAUUACAAGGUGAUGAUCCCGCUUAGAAAGAUAAAGAUGGCAAAUGAGACAGAGAACGUGGAGAAGCCGUUGCAGAAGUACAUCCAGAUUGUAACUGUAGAUAAUUUAGAGUUCUGGUUCAUGGGAUUCUUGAACUAUCAGAAAACACUAAAGCAUCUUCAGCGGGCAAUUUCUCAAGCAUAGGCUGUUUGAAGUCGAUUUGAAUUGGCCUAAAAGGACUCUUUUGAAAAAAAAAAAACUCUUUAGUUCUUCUGUGUCAGAUAUAUGUACAAUUGGGACAUGUCAACAUUGUAAAAAAGUUGUCAAUGAGGAAGUGCUGUUAAAUCCAAUAUCCUCUCUCUAGCAGCUCUCCAAGACAACAUUCUCAUCGGAGUCUUUAAGUUUUAUCCUGGUCGACUUUCACAUGGAA